UAAAAACACAUGUUGCAAAACAGGGCCUUUUUAAGAGAUUUUAAUAAAGAGUGAGACAGAAAGCUAUGCAGUGUAAGUCUGGAAACCCUGUAAAAGGUUAGAGGGUCACCACUGAGCGAUAUAAUCUUGGAGUCCAUUAGUGGAUUAUAAUCAUAACAACUCUCCCGCAUCACUGCUGGAUUAGAGAGAGAGAGAGAGAGAGAAAGAACGUGGGAGAGACCAUCAGUAGAGAGGUGCCGAACACACGUCACUGAUUUGGACAAAUUCAGAAGGCGAGUGAGUGUGCAUACCUGGACAAAGAAAGUAUAAGAAGCCCAGCUGGAAGAGCGACAGAUUAAGUCAAUAGAAUUAAAGUGACUGUGGCUGAUAAAGCGAGCUGCACCAGCAUGGAGAUGAACGUGGAAGGGAUUAUCCAGUGCAUCAUUCAGGGCGAUGAAAGCGGCGUGCAGACGCAGCUGCAGGAGUUCAACAAAGAGUAUGCACAGUGCUUCUUCUUUGAUGCAGAGGAGAGGGACAGACGAAAAAAAAGGAGGCUUGAAGAGUUUAGGAAGAAUAAAGUGAGGGAGUGCACGGAUUCUGACUCGGACUACGACCAGUACAGCAAAGAGGAUCGCAGCAUCCUCCUCAGACAGAACUUAGCUGUUGUUCUCGUGAGGUUCAUAAGAACGGUAUCCAAAUGUCGUCUGUUGAGAGUAUGUCUGCGCACUUUACGGAUCCUCUCCAGGGACAAAAAGGUCCUGGGCCCCUUGGUGACCGACAGCGCCCUCCUAACUCUGGCCAAACUGGCAGGGCUGACCACAAGCGACUCCAGCGAAGACACCAGCGACCCCGACUCCGACUUCUAUGACAGCAUCAUCACCUCCCUCGUCAAGACCAAAGUGUUGCACUGCGCCAACGAGGACGAAGGUGACAGUGACGCCCGUUACCAAGAUGACGAAGGCUCCGCGUUCGAUGACGACAGCAUCAGCAACACCACCAGCGCCGAUCUGGACAGCAUCAGCGGGUUAGGGAGCCACAGGACCAGCAUCAACGAAAUGCACCGAGGUGGCAUCCACCACAAGGUGCUGGAGCGAGGGCGGAAAGACCGCCGUGAGAGCAAGCUGGAUGGUGAGGAGGAGGAGGAGGAGGGAGAGCUGGGAGAGGAGGCCCAGAGAAAAGAGGCCAUGAAGGUGUUGUGUAAUGUGGUGUAUAACAGCACCUGGGCACAGGAGAGGUUCAGUGCUCUCAGGCUCAUGUGUGGUCUGAUCCAGCGUCUUUCUUCAAGCCUUAGCUGCUCGUCUCCCUCCAGUGUUCAGUUCUACGAACUACGUCUCAUGUUCCUCAUUACCGCGCUUCGCCCAGAGCUCAGCGCUCAGCUUCUGCAGGAGGGAGGUGUGUCCCUCCUCACUUCGGCUCUGGAAGGGUGUCUGGACAUUCAGUGGAAGGAGCAGUAUCAGUGUGUGUUUGACCCCACAGCGUUACCCAUCUCUCUGGACGCCUCUCAGCGCAUCGUGGAGAUUCUGAAGAUCCUCUUCAACAUCACCUACAGCAGCCACAGGCAGGAGCCGAGUGAGGAUGAUGCAGCUCUUUACCGACACCUGGUGGCCAUCUUACGUCUCUGCCUGAUGAGGAAGUGUCUGCUGGUUGAUGAUACCGAUGAGCUGCAGGGUCACACAGUCAACCUGCUGUCAGCGCUGCCUCUCCAGUGUCUGGAUGUGCUGCUGGUGGGGCCCCUGGAAUCAGGCUCUAAGGAGUGCCAAGGGGUCAACAUGGACUGUGUCCACACCUUACUGCUGUUCAUGGAGAAACGCCUGGAACUGGGUGAUAAGGUCAAAGAAAAACUAACACCAGUCCUCAAUCUGCUGACAGAGAGCUGCCGAGCCCACCGAGAAACACGGCAGUACAUCAGGAAUCACAUCCUGCCCCCACUAAGAGACGUGUCACAGAGGCCAGAGGAAGGCACCACAGUGAAAAGUCGCCUGAUCCGCCUCAUGACCCAUGUGGACACGGACCUCAAGCACUGUGCCGCUGACCUCAUCUUUGUCCUCUGCAAAGAAAACGUCAGACGUUUCGUCAAGUACACGGGGUACGGAAAUGCAGCCGGCCUGCUGGCCACCAGAGGUUUACUGGGCGGCCAGCGAUCCAGGAUGUCAAGUUCUGACACUCAGUACUCCACCGACUCUGACUCAGACACCGAGGAGUACCGGCAAGUCAAAGACCGCAUCAACCCGGUGACGGGGCGGGUGGAGGCAGAGCAGCCUGACCCCAUGGAGGGAAUGACCGAGGAGGAGAAAGAGGAAGAAGCCAGGAGGCUGAUCAUGCUCUUCAACAAGCUGUCCAGAGGAAACAUUAUCCAACCGAUGGGAGUUAAUACAGAGGGGAAGCUGGUUCCAAUGACCGGACUGAGGGAUAAUUCCCUCAUUGAAGAAGGGAGGAUGGAAUCUGAAAAGGACGGAGACUCUGAUGAAAUAGAGGACUGAAACACAUGAAUUCAGUAACUUCUAUUUAUUCAGUAAUUUUAUUGUAAAUAUUCCAUUUCUAAAAGUUUCCAGAGUAAACAUGCUGUUUGUUCAAAUGAAAAAAGCCAACAUAGCUGUCAAUCCGCCACAGCAAGCUGUUUUCAACCCAAGUCCACACAAGAAAAGAUAGAACAACCCCCCCCCCUCCCCACCCCCCUUCUAAUUCUGCUUUGGAUUUAGAAUAAUGAUGCAGAGCAGCACUAAUGUUACAGUGGUGGCAAGAAUUAAAAUGAACAGAGAACAGAAAAUGGUACAAAUGUGAAAGUAUGUGAACAUAUUUUAAUAAAGUCAUGAAAUUUUACUUUGU